AUGGGUGAAGCUGGAGCACCGAUGCAAUAUUUGCUGGAACUGUGGAAUGAGUGGGAGAUCCAAGCUGUUGUUGUUGUCAGCUUUAGUCUGCAGGUUAUCCUCUUCUUCUUUGCUGGGAUCCGCCGCUACACCGUCUCUUCUGUUCUCCGGGCGCUUCUCUGGCUGGUGUAUCUGCUUGCUGAUCUUGCUGCGGUGUAUGCCCUGGGGCACAUGUCUUCGUCGUUGACGAAGAAAUCGUCCGGUGAGCACCAGCUGGUGGCGUUCUGGGCACCGUUCCUCCUGCUGCACCUUGGCGGCCAGGACAGCAUCACCGCGUACGCCCUAGAGGAUAAUGAACUCUGGCUGCGCCACCUGCUGAAUAUGUUUGUGCAGGUUGCGGGCACCGCUUAUGUGCUCUACAAGUACAUCAUUGCAGGUGGGGCGACCUUUGUCCGUCCCGCUAUGUUGGUUCUGGCCGCCGGAGUUUUCAAGUAUGGCGAGAGGAUACGGGCACUGAAGCUUUCAAGCAAGAUGUGUUCCGAUGACGGUGCACCACCACGUAGGACUUUUCCGCGGACGAUCAAGCGGGGUUUAAGUUCACCUUUGGAAGAGAAGUCUGGGGAAGCUGGAGUGGGCUUCAAAUAUGGGGGGGAUAUGAUGCAGGGAACCUCCACCGAAAGAGACUACCGCACUGAAAGCAAACAGUUCGAAAAUUAUGCAUUUAUUGUGAUGAGAGCACACGUGUUGUGCCAUGUGUUUCUCAAGCCUUUAAUCAUGGACAGGAACGAGACGUCCAUAGUUUGGCUUCGGCAUUAUGGGAUCAACCACCUGGUAGAGGGUCAUGUACAGGGAUGUGCAUGGGAAGAGUAUCCAUCGGCAGAAGAGAAGAGGCAAAUUCUGGAGGUGUACACCUCAAUCGAGGUGGAACUCGCCGUGAUGUACAACACGCUGUACACCAAGGCACAAGUCAUCCACCACACAUGGUAUGGCUACUGCACCCGUGUCAUUUCACUUGUGUCUUGCUUUGCCGCUCUUGUGGUCUUCACAAAGAGCAAGAGAGAUGGCUACAGCACACCCGACAUUGUUAUCACUUUUGCUCUUCUGGGAGGAGCCUGCGCACUGGAGGUCGCAUCUGUUUUCAAGGCGAUUGGGUCGACCUGGACCUAUGCCAUCCUGAGAGAGCAUGGAUUGGAGUGGCUGGCCAACGCGAUCCUGUUCGCGCGGUACCACCUCAUCGUCGUCAAAGAUGGAAGGUGGUUCCAUUCUGUUGGGCAAUUCAACUUCGUAUCCUUCUGCGUUCACAGCAACAAGAGGAGCCUCUGGAAAACAAUUGCCAAGUGGAUUAGGCUCAAGGACUCUUUGAUCAAACCUCAGUGCACCAAACAUGCCAAGCUAUCACCUGCCCUGAAGGAGUAUGUAUGGGGCCUCGUCAAAGGUGAGAAGAGGCAUAUGGUAGGAAUUGAAGAUGUGGGCAUGCAGAGUGGGUACUGGGCUCGCAGCUUUAGUGGCUUCCAGCAGAGUGAACAGCUCGACUGGAGCCUGAGAUUUGAAUUUCACGAGUGCGUGCUUGUCUGGCACAUGGCCACAAGCGCCUUCCUCAAUGUACCUGCCGUCAAAUGCAAGCUACUCGUCAAGGACAAGGACAUGGCUGAAAUAGUCAAUACUCUCUCUGAUUACAUGAUGUACCUCCUUGUUGAGCACCCUGACAUUCUGCCUACCAAGGUGGCUGCUCGGAACCUAUUUCGCAGAACCUGCACCUCUUACGGUAAGGCUGCAUAUACCGAGUAUGCACCUUAUCAGGUGAUUGUGGAUUUCAGGCAAAAACUUGAUGAGAGAACAGGAAAACAAAAUGAUAGCCUGGCGCAAAGCAAAUGGUAUGCUGACCCGGGCCAAGCUAUGCUGGGGAAAGCAUGCACCCUUGCUUGCACAAUGCUCGACAUGGAGUUGGGGCUCGCGCAUAAGAUGGAUAUAUUUGGAACAGUGUGGACGAAGAUGUUGUGCUAUGUAGCAACCAAUGCAUCUAGGCAGUUCCACGCCAGACAAUUGAGCAAAGGUGGCGAGUUUCUGACCCACAUCCUGCUUCUUGUUCAAUAUUGUUCUCCUAUACUAGAUAUACCAAAUCCGUACAAAGAAGCUGAUGAAACAGAGUGGCAGCGUGAAGUUGUCCGCAGAGAGCAGGAUGUGGACAUGGAUACGGGCCAUGUGAUCAUUGAGAUCGAUGACUGA